AUGAUUCCACAGACGUACAUUGCCGCUUUUAUAACGGCUUGUUUAGUGGGUGGCUCUCAAGCCGGCCCCUGUAAACCCAGCUCCAGGAUAAUCGAAAGCUCCAUCGCGAGUGAUACUUCGACUACAGUCGGCUCCACAACUACAGUCGGCUCCACAACUACAUCCAGCUUCGUCGACACCACUAUGGUCGCGGCCUCCUCCACUGUGACUUCAAAUGAAGAGUCUAGCGUCAUUAUCACGGGAUUGAGCAGCACAGAGAGGUCUCAGAGCCCCGAGGAAACGUCUACCACUGCCCUGUCGACCACCGACGGCAUAACAACCGAGAUAGCCACCACGACUGAAGCUGCCACUCCUACCAACACAGCGACUACAUCGGAAGUACCAUCAGCUAUACCCUUCAUCACCAAUGCUGGAUUUGACGAUGAUACUUCAUCUAUCGCGCCUUGGGAGCUCUUCAACGGCCUCGAAGUUACGGUAUCCAUCGCGUCCGACGUCAAACAUGACGGACGUAAUUCCGCUCUCUUCACGCAAGGGCAGCGUCCUCUCAUAGACUUCAUCAGGCAGCCGCUCCGUGGUUCCAUCACUGCUGGUGUUGCAUAUACCAUGUCCGCCUGGGUCAACGCAAACUUAUUCUGCCCCGCUGUUGAGCUCAUAUGCUCAUAUCGAAAUACCUAUUGGGAGGAGACAGACGCUAUCGAUCUUACCACGAGUGUAGACGAGUGGAAGCAUGUUACUUCGACUUGUACUUAUACGCAGGAGCAGAUUGAUUCUGGGGACUUGUAUUUCAUGAUAGGGUUUCAUUGUAUUGGGAACGGCGGCCGCGGCUAUAUAGAUACUGUGGACUUCGCCGCCAUCUGA